CCAUUAGUAACCGUUGCCGAUGCAACAACAUAAUAUUGUGCAUUAACAAUUUGUAUCGUUGUGAGUUUUAAACAAUUUGAAAAUUUAUUUUGUAGACAAAAUACGGCUGAAAGAUCUAACAAAUAUUUUUGAUUUUUUUUUUCUUCACUUAACGGACAUUGCAUAAUAAAUUUAGUGUUGUGAUUGCGGCGUCUUAUAUUAGUAAUAAAUAAAGGAAAACAAUAAAAGAACACAACGAAUUUUAUUUCGGACAUUCAAGUUUCUUUUUCCGUGUGCAAUUUCUACGUUUAAGCAAAACUAGUUCAUUUGUCAAAUUCGCCGAUGAAUACAGACUUUAAAGAAGUAAGUACUGAGAUAAGUACUCAAGUUCUUGUCUUAUGUUUCUUUAACUAAAAAAAAAAUAUUGUGUAUUGAACAAACGGGUUGUGUGUACGCGGUGACCAGUGUGUUUCGACAAAAUGAACAAUCUUAAGUAAGCACAAGGUCAAACACUUUUUACUUUAACCAUUCGGUUGAACGUUUUAGAUUUAUAUUUCCAAUUAUUUCAUUGUGUGGUUUUCUGUGUUUGAUGUCUGAUCGCAAGACGUGAAAGAGUUUUACCAGUCGUGUCUGUGUUAGUGCAAGUUCUUUGCAGCCACUGAGAACUUGUGUUCAUGCUAGUGUUGUGUACUUAAACAACUUACUUAAAUCAAAAAUGGUAUAGAUACUUUAUGCCAUCCUUGUGAUAAAAGUUGUGGAGCUGGAUGAAACCAACUAAAAUCAUAAGCGCAAAAUAAAACAACUUUGACAAUAAAUAAUGGAGCUCCGAUUGCUUUGUCAAAUAACAAUGUUAAAUUAGAACAUGAUGAUUUACAGCUUAAAAAUGAAUGUAAAUCUCAACAUUGGGACAUUAAUUUUUUGGUUUCUACAAAAAAACUUAAUAACUCUUGACCAGUGAUUGUAAGAAGAAUUUUUGUGCGUUAGACUUCCAUUGUAAUUUGAUUAUGUGAACCAGUAAACCAAUCACGGAGUUAUUCAAUUAAAUAGAAAAAGAUUUGUUCUCAAGAAUUUUUUGUUACGUUUAAGUGAUUUUCGGAUCGUUAACUGACCUAUUGUUGUUGUCGUUGACCAUUGAACAUAGAUCUACAAGUGGACUAAUUAUGGUGAUAUUAAGGUAAUGUUCACCGACGAUAUGGAGAAGGAAAAAAAUGUGCAUGUAAGAUGUGUGCUAAAUUAUAUUAUAUGUGCUCAUUAAAAUAAAAGAAAAAAAAAAAUUGCUCAAGAAAGUAUUAAGUAAAAUAAUAAGUGCCUUUUUCGUACACCAUUAUGUACAAUCAGUGUUUAAACAGCAAUAAAAUAAGAUAAACGAACGAUACGAAUUUAUAAAAAAAAAACAACAACAACGAAAUGUUUAAAAUAUUAUACUUAGUACCAAAUAUAUAGAUUGAACGGCGACAAAUAACAUAUACAUUCAGUGUCUUCAUUUAACUCAUUUCUUUUUUGGGUGUGAAAUAAUAAUUGUGAUAAAUAAUUGUAAACCUUCUAAUUAUGGAACGAUAUUCCGUCAAAACCAGCAACGCAUCAUCGCCAAAUCGUGGUAAUAAAAAAGAUCUACGACAAUCGCGUAUCGGUUCGUCAUCAUCGAUGGACUCAACGAAUUCAAGUUCUAUGUACAGAAAAUCAUACCCAAACAGUGACAUCAAUGCUAGCUUUAGUUCAUCUGUAGCUGGUUCCAUACAGGAUGACACAAUGAAUGAUCAAUGCAGUCUGACGCAAGCGGAGCUCGAGGAAUAUAGUCGAUCAUAUUUCGGACAGCAAGUGUUUCAUCAUCAAAAGCAAUCGUCUUAUGCUCAAUCGGAAGGCUAUCAUAGUUAUGUAUCCAGUUCGGACUCAAGUUCAGCGACACCAUUUUUGGAUCGAUUACGGCAAGAGAGUGAAUUAUUGUCAAGAUCGUCUCACUGGUCACAGUCAGAUCUUCAAUCGGCUUCCUCCGCAAAUAACAUUACAGAGAAUAAUAGCUCGGAAAGUACAUCGUCAUCGGAAACAUUAAAAUGGUUAGGCUCCAUGAGCGAUGUGUCUGUAUCGAGUCAUGCAACUAAUUCAUCGAACAUAUCCGGUUCGGGUUCAUCGUCGCAGUUGAUUGUACACAGCUCGAGAGUAAGAACACCAAAGAGACAUAAUUCCGAAAGUGUUCUGUACAUGACUGAAGAACAAAUAGCAACGGAGAGUAAACAAGGUUCACCGCGUGAACGAUCUAGUCGAAGCAAUAAUCGCUUAUUUCCUAUAAGUACAUACGCAGAGCCCACAGUUGGUGCAAGUGAUAGUCAAGCAAGUACACCAACCAAAUCACAACAAAAUGGCAAUAAUAAUAAUUGGCAAUCAGUAGCUGAUAGAAUAAGUGAAUUGGAGCGGCAACAAAAGAGUCCAAAUUCAGCGAAUCCCUAUAAUCAAAAGUACACCUUUCUGGAUCCGAGCAAAACCACUCGAGUACCGAAUCCGGCACUCAAAGCAUUCCAGAAAAAUGCAGUUCAAUCAUAUUUUGAACGGCAACAAUCGACGGCAAAAGAAAAGGAAGUUGCAAAGAAUUUGAUAAAUUCGCAACAGAAUAUCAAGAAUCCGCCUCGACCACAGUCUUUGCCAAUACAAUCAAAUGCGUCAAAGAUGGUGAUACAUUCUCGUUCCUCAUUACCCAAUAACAUGCAACUAAAUAGCCUAAGUCCGAAUAACAAAUCACCACAACAACAAUUAUCUGUGAUUUCACCGCCAACAAACCAGUGUUCAACAUCAGCUCCGAUAGCCAAUUCAAUCACAGUGUCUACAACAUCUCCUUCUGCACACAGCCCGUUAUCACAAACUGCGAUGGAAGCGCCUCCCGCAAAACUAACAUCACCUUCAUAUCAAGCAACAUUUCACCAGGCGCCAACCGUUUAUAAUAUUCCAAUGGUAGCCACAGCCGCACAUCUAUCACAUGAACACUACAGCAGGUCAUACAACGGCAAUAUUUGUUCGAGUAACAAAGUUGUUUCCGUUGAGGAUGUUUCAUUGCAAUCAGCUAAUGAAUCGGGAGUACCGCCUCCACCACCGAGGCGGAGUAGGCCCUUAAUGCCUGUACGAAGAACAUCGUCAGCAUCGGAUUAUGCAGCAGUUAGAAAUCAGAACAUUCAAAAAGAUCUACUAGGACCAAUAGUAAUGGGACCAAUUAUAUCGCUAGACGACUGGGUACCAGAAAGGCCACCGAAAAAUCCAGCAUUGCGUAUACCCAGUCCCGAACUUCCACCUCCACCACCAUCGACUGUUGUUGAGGAUGAGAGUCCGAUAACAAAUCAAGACGAACCACUUCCUCCACCACCUGAACCACCAGAAUUAAUGCGACAUAUGCGUCAGUUGUCCGAACCAGAUAGUAAAUCGGCAACGCCGAGCCGACGAAAUAGUUUCGCCGGUUCCACAUCGAAAAAACCGUUGCUUCGAACAUCGACACUCGAAAACCUAUUACCAGCUGCGCCUCCGAUUCCGAAAAAACCAACAUCACUAGAAACAUUGCAUCCAAAACGUGCCGUGUCUAGUUUUGCCAAGCAUCCCCCACCAAUCAUUUUGAAACCACACAAAUUAAGUGCCAGUAGAAAAAUUGAACCACCAACGUCCUUAUCACUCACACAACACCAUGUCGUACCAAUUCAAGAACGCUGCAAUGAUACUCGACCGGCCAUCAGGAAACGCUUGCAUAAUGCUCAAUCUCCGCUAGAAUUAACAUCGCCGAAAUCGAAAAUGAUUACUCCACCUCCAUUGAAGCCUCGAAUAAGUGCACAUCAACAAAUUGAUACAAAUAUACAGCCGUCUGGACAAUCCGGAAAUAGAUUAAGGUGUAACUCAAAGGCGUCGUAUUUGCCACGACAAUCACGUGAAAAACUCAAUUCCGAUCCCGACCAUGGCAGCUAUAAACUCACCCUUACAUCGAAUGAGGAUUGCAUUAAUGAAAAUAGUGUCUUCCUCGAAGACAAUUUGUCGCCAAAAUGCAAUAAUCUUCCAGACGUAUUGCCAGUUGGUGCCAAAAUUCAUUCGUCGUCACCGCGUUACGGUUCGAACAACAACAUUCAUCCCAGCUACAUCAAAUCUGCACCAAGUGCACCGGUUCAACAAACUUAUCCAAUGAAGUCGAUGUUCAAUUUCAGUCAGAAUAGAAACAGUACGCCGUCGCCCACAUCACCACCAUACGGACGAAAUCUUAGCGAGUCUAUCAGUCCGAAAUAUAUGUCGCAAUCAAACGUAGACCUGAAAAAGACUCACAUUCUCGCCAAUGCUGAUACGAAUAAAAUUGCAUUUCUGGAAAAUGAUGGAGUUGAUCUGACAGCAAACACACAAGCAACAAAUCGUCAAUCACCCUAUGCAUUGCGAAAUGAAUUUGUCAAUCGGAAAAUUAGCUUUGAAGAUCGCACGAAUACGUCGAAUCAGUUUGUGCCAAUGGCUGUAAAUCGAUCGAUCUCAUUGACACCGACCAUGAAAGAUGACAAAUUGAUUCGCAAAGAUAGUCUAAAGGAAAAUAUUGAUAAAAUCACGCAACUUCAAAGCAAGCUGAUGUCGGCCCAUCUAUCGGAGAGCGAGAAAAAUAUUGCAAAUUUAUGCCGAGACUUAAACGUUAAAAACAAUGUGAACGAUAUGCAAAACAGUGAUUUGAUUAUACCUGUACAUCAGGCAGCUGAAUCGAAGGAAAUUGAGACAAUGGAUGAAACAACAGUCAGAAUCGAUUCACCAGUCGUCGUUGCCGAAAUAUCGGAAACAACGAUUGCACCUGUGGAUGGAGAAGGGGAAGGUGGUGUCCAUAUGAUACAGAGAACUGAAAUUGUGUUGAGACUAAAUCCUCCCACGUCGGAAGCCGCCUCACAAACUGAUGGUUAUGAAUCCAUGUCGUCUGACUGUGAGGAUUGCGAUGAAGAUCUAGUACACUGCAAUAAAUUGAGGCAUACAGAGGAUUUAGACUGUGAAAAAUUAUCGAUGGAUUUAAUUAGCCAGUUGUCGCCAACGGAUCGUUUGCAUCAUGUAUUUGCUCCAAAGUCGUUUAAGUCGUCAUCGGAUUAUGUAACUGGCUUAUACAAUCCGUAUAUCACACCUAGAAUUAUCAAAAAGGACGUCGCAACUUCGACCCCCGAAAGAAGUCCAAAUGGUGUCAAAAGUCCAUCCGCAACAUCUACAUCACCCACCAACUACUUCACAAUGCCUGAACCAGCUAAGCAACCAAAGUCCAACGCAUCGCUACGGUUUAAUCGGGAAAUUAAAACCUUAAUCAAUGGUGACAGCUGUGAUCUGACGAAACAAAAGGAGGAGUUAGUGUCCCGGAUUAGUAAGAAAUUACUUGUAUUGGCCAAUGAACAAACUACGAUCGCCGAAGAGAGUACAGCCAAUGAUUUGCUGGGCAACGAUGUGUCAUUGAUAGUGGAACAAAAACUUCGACCCACCGAUGCAUCGAAAUUCCGUACAUACGUGGACGAUGUUGGACACAUCACAAUGUUGCUGUUGUCUCUGUCCGGACGUCUGGCGAAAACCGAAAACACAUUGCAUGAAGUUUGUGAUGAAGGGGAGAAGAAACAAUUGGAAACAAAACGCGAUCGACUAACUGAACAACUGGAAGAAGCUAAGAAAUUGAAAAUCGAUAUCGAUCGUCGCGGUAAUUUGGUGUCGAAGACGUUGGAAAAGCAUUUAACGAUCGAAGAGUAUGCAGACUACGAUUAUUUCAUAAAUAUGAAAGCUAAGUUAAUAGUUGAUGCACGUGAGAUUGCCGAUAAAAUUAAGUUAGGGGACGAACAACUAAGUGCUCUUAAAGAUACUUUGGUGCACAGCGAAUGUUAAGCAUUUACUUCUUUAUUAUUUUUUUUGAAAUUUUAUUAAAAAUAUACUUUGCAAAUGGAAUUAUUACUAAAUUGCUAUAAAACUGAGAGCAUUUUACACGCUAAAAAUAGAGAUGUAGAGAGAUGUGUGGAGGAAUGGGCGAUGCUCGAUAUUCCUUCGCAAUUGAUUUUUUUUAAAUUGAACUGGCUGUUGUUUUCAUAAACUAAAAUAAUUUUUAAUUAAGAAUUUUUCUUUUAAUUUAUUUUGGCUUAGUCGAUUUGGACACGUAGGUAAUUUAUUCGGAAUGUGUAUUUCGUCUUGGCAAAGUCAGUCAAUCAGUGUUGUUGUGAUGUCAAACAGAAGUUCCAGACUCUCUAAAGGCAUUUAAUUGAGUUCCGAGUCCUUAAAUUCUCUGGAUUCAUUUUGUCAAUGGAACUUUUUACUCAUGGUAAGACUGGGUAACUCACUGCUAUUAUCAAACAUUUGUUGUGGCAAUUGCUAGACCUCAAAGUCUUCGAAUUGUUGGUAUGACGGCGAUAAUAACGUUGAAAGUAAAGCUGGUAGUUCAUAUUAACUCUUGCAUUUCAAUAGAAAAUAGUUGAAAUACAGUGAGAUCGAUAGGAUGUGAAUAAUGCGAUGAAUAGAUCAAAACAAUGUUACGUACAGCACCAAAUAAGUUUUGAAAAUACUCAAAUUGGUGCAAAACUCAGACAUUUCAAUGUUACCGCUAAUGGUUGAACAGCAGCCAGCUACCGCUUACAACAA